AUGGCGGCGCAAUGGCCGAACUUCGAGGCCGCGCGCGUCGAAGCGGUCGAAGCGUGCCUGCUGGAGCAACGCGUCAGCGACAAGAAGAUCACUUGGCGCACCGCGCUGAAUGACCAUGCCUCGACGCGCCCUCAAGUGUGCGGAGGCGCUUUGGUCCCAGCCGUCAGCAAGUGCAAGGAAUGCGCUGCCCCUGGCGCGGGCUGGCGGCGCACUCUGACUUUGCCGAACAGCUUUGCGCCAGGAGAUGGCCGUCGGCUCGUUGCGAUAGGGGAAAGCGCGAUGAAAGAGGAAGCGUCGGAACUCGCUUGCCUCCGUGCCGUCGCUUCGCUCGUCAGCGAAAACCCAGGCCAGUUUGUGCUCCGGCCGAAGCGCUGGAAGGUGCCGCCCGACGAGCUCGUGGCCAGUAUGCACGGCGCCGCCGCCGACCCUGCCUCUGGCGGGCACGCGCUGCCAGCGCUAACGCGCCUGACGCUGGCGCGCUUGGUUGAAUUAGCCAGCGACGUUCUCAGAACGCGCGGCGGCGAGUUCGAUCCGUCGCGGAUUUCCCGCAACAAGUGGUGGCGGCGCGACGAGCGCGCGUUCGAGACGUUCAACGAGCUUUUGGCGCCUGGGGGGCUGAAGGACUUCCUCGACAGACACUCCGACGAAUUCGCCUGGCGCGAACAGGCCGACAACAGAGGCAUGUUCAUCGCAUGGGCGAACUGGGCGCGGCGCGAGGAGCGCGCCCCGCCAUGGGCGCGCCCCGCCAUGGGCGAAGUGGGCGCAGGUGCCACUCGGCACGGCACGGAGAAUGACGCGGAAAUGGCCUGCACCAUGAGCGUCAGGCUGCUGCGCCUGGAGCCGCUGCCGUCCUCGGAGCGCCUCGCGGUGGAGACCGUGUCCCUUGGCGACGGGGAGACGUUCCCGCGGCGCGGCGACAGGUUAACGAUGCACUACGUCGGUAAGCUCGCAUCCACUGGUGUGCAGUUUGACUCCAGCCGUGAGAGGGGCGAGCCCUUCAGGUGCCAGAUCGGAGUCCGACAAGUCAUCGCUGGUUGGGACUACGGUGUCAUGAAGAUGUCUUUGGGAGAGCGUGCGAUCCUCAGGCAUUCCGUCCCAUUGCAUUGUAGCUUCGAUCUGUUGCCAUCAUGCUGCAUGCCCUGCCGCUGCUCUUCGAUCAUGGGUUUGUAGCCGUCCGUCACCCUGCUGCACCAUGCCCUUGGCAGUUCUAGCAUGGCCC